AUGUGGAAACUACGUCCCCAGUUGCGUGUUGCCUCAACCAAAGUGGUCCGAUUCUCAACCGUGGCCGCACGGGCUCGCCCGCUGCCAUCGGUUGCUACUGGUACCAAAAAUUCUUUACCAUUGAGACAAGGCCUGAAUCCUCAGUUGAAAUUCCCAUGUCUUGACAAAAUGGAACAGAAAACAGAGAAAUUGGCUAAUGCUGCCAGUCAGCAGGCCGAGUCCUGUUCCUCGGAGGUGUCUUCCUUGGAAGGAGGCCCGGAACCCAGCUAUUCAUUUGUUCAGAGUGGUUUCGAGGUCUACAAGAGUCAGAAACCAAUUUUCUUCGACAACGGCGGGUUUUUACCGGAUUUCGAGAUCGCCUAUGAGACUUGGGGUGAACUUUCUCCUGAAAAAGAUAAUUUGGUGAUGAUUCACACUGGACUUUCUGCUUCAUCUCAUGCCAAAUCUCAACCUAAGAAUACCAAGCUGGGAUGGUGGGAAGAUUUUAUUGGAUCCGGCAAGUACAUCGAUACAGACAAGUAUUUUGUGGUGUGUACGAACGUGUUGGGAGGAUGCUACGGAUCAACCGGGCCUUCGUCCCGAGACCCAGCUAAUAACGACUACUACGGAACUCGAUUUCCCAUCAUCACAGUCAAUGACAUGGUGCGUGCACAACGUGAAUUGGUUAGAGAUGUUUUUGGUGUUUCCAAGAUCCAUGCGUCUGUAGGAGCAUCAAUGGGCGGUAUGCAAUCGUUGGCAUACGCGUGGGAAUUUCCUGAUGAGGUGGAAAAGGUGGUGAGCAUCAGUGGAUGUGCUAGGUCACACCCAUAUUCUAUUGCAUUGCGUCACACCCAGAGACAGGUGUUGAUGAGCGACCCAAAUUGGAACAGAGGUUUCUAUUACGACAAAAUUCCUCCCCAUGUGGGCAUGAAACUUGCUAGAGAAAUCGCCACGGUCACCUACCGGUCAGGACCAGAGUGGGAGUCUCGUUUCGGAAGAAAUAGGGCUGACGAGAGCAAGCCCGUUGCAUUUUGCCCCGACUUUUUGGUGGAAACUUACUUGGACCAUGCCGGUGAAAAGUUCUGCUUGGAAUACGAUGCCAACUCACUCUUAUAUGUGCUGAAGGCAAUGGAUAUGUUUGAUUUGGGAGUCGGCAACAGGAGCAAGGCGGCUCGCCAAAGAAUGGAGGCUGCCAAGUCCAACAGCUUCGCCAAUGAGACAGAGAGCAAUGUGCCCAAGGAGAAAUAUCAGGAGCGGAUUGAUAAGGCCACCAUCUCACCUGAAGAGGCUUUGGAAGACUUGCGAGAGGGGAUGAGGAAGAUUUCACACAAGGACGUGUUGAUUGUGGGUGUGGAGUCCGAUAUACUUUUCCCAGUUUGGCAACAGCGAGAGAUUGCUGAGGUGUUGAGGGCCACAAGCCACCAAAAGGAUAACAUUAAAUACUUUGAGUUGGGCACCGACAUCAGCAACUACGGCCACGAUACGUUUUUGUUGAGUUUGGAUCACAUUGGGCCUCCAGUGAAGGAGUUUUUAGCUUAG